GCCCUGCUGGGGGUUGUGGCGGGCGGGCGGUCGGUUGAAAGAGGUUAAAAUAGAGAGUACAACCUGGUGGCAUUUCCGUAGUAUUCCAAAAUCCCACGGGCAUUUCCGAUCAUUUGAGCAAGAACUGCUCCAGUUCAAGAGGAGAGACGGUGACGACAACGACGACGACGCAGAGUCUGAAGAGACUACACCUUCCAGGAAAAUACACACGCAGGGAGAGAGAGAGAGAGAGAGAGAGAGAGAGAGGGAGGGAGAUCUGACUGAGUCGAGGGCGAGUUGAGGUCCGAGUUAGGUCAGCGUCAAGCGGUGAUGGAAUAGGAAGCAGCAGCAGACUAUACUUGCAGGAAUCAACGAGGUCCCGUGCCGUGGGGAAAGAUAAAAUCCUGACCGUUAGAUCUAUCUCCGGGAGCUCACAUCGCCCACCCCGCUAGAUUCGGAUUCUCUCUUUCUCGCUCUAUCCCCGCUCCCCAGGUCGCUCCCUGCUACCGGUGCUCACCGUCAGCUCGAGCUCGCCCUGGAACCAACCGAUCGGGCUUCCCCGCUGCUGCUUCUCAGCUUGAUCUUAUCUGCUUCCGGGAUUUCAGCAGAUUUGGGCAGUGCCUUGGGUUCUGUGUGGAUCGUGUUUAUCAACUCGCAAGCUUUGAAGGUCGGGAUCCAGGAAUUGAGAACUUGUUGAAGUGGAAUGAUUUUUUCCAGGUAGUUUGGGUCUUGAUGGUUGAUUCAGGAUUGGGAUGCGACAAAAUCUGAGGUGCAAUUGGGGAAAUUCAGUUUCGAGGCACAGCCAGUUUCUUUGAUUCAUAACUGGCAAAGUAUUGAACUUUCUUAAAUUGCCUUAGAAGGAGGAGAAUGAAGACAACACGGGUGGCGUUACUGAAGAGAGCACUAUCUACAUAUUAAAAACAGAAGUAGGAAGGAAGGGAUCGGUCAUGGAAGAUUAUUCUAAAUAUGCUCACAGUCCUGCUCACGUGGCCGUUGCACGACGCGACCACGCUGCCCUCAGGCGCAUUAUUUCGAACCUUCCUCGACUCUCCAAAGCGAGUGAGGUGAAUACUGAAGCUGAAUCUCUGGAAGCUGAAGCUGUGGCAGAUGCUGUCUCUGCUGUUAUCGAUAGACGUGAUGUGCCAGGCAGAGAGACCCCUCUCCACCUGGCUGUUCGAAUGCGAGACCCAAUAGCUGCAGAGAUCUUAAUGUCUACAGGGGCGGACUGGAGUCUUCAGAAUGAGAAUGGUUGGAGUGCACUUCAAGAAGCAGUUUGCACCCGAGAGGAAUCAAUUGCCAUGAUCAUCGCAAGGCACUACCAGCCCUUGGCUUGGGCCAAAUGGUGCAGGAGACUUCCUAGGAUAGUUGCUUCGGCUGCUCGUAUAAGGGAUUUCUAUAUGGAGAUAACUUUUCAUUUUGAGAGUUCCGUGAUCCCAUUUAUUGGUCGCAUUGCUCCUUCAGAUACAUAUCGGAUCUGGAAGCGCGGUUCUAAUCUUCGGGCUGACAUGACUUUGGCUGGUUUUGAUGGGUUUCGCAUUCAGAGGUCUGAUCAGACGUUUCUCUUCCUUGGAGAUGGUUACACUUCAGAAGAUGGUAAUGUGUCUUUGCCACGUGGUUCCCUUGUUGUUCUCGCCCACAAGGAGAAAGAAAUUACGAAUGCUUUGGAGGGAGCUGGUGCCCAACCAACUGAAGCAGAAGUCGCUCAUGAAGUGGCCCUUAUGUCUCAAACUAACAUGUAUAGACCGGGCAUUGAUGUCACUCAGGCAGAGCUCAUUCCUCACUUGAAUUGGAGGCGGCAGGAGAGGACUGAGAUGGUUGGAAACUGGAAGGCCAAAGUGUAUGACAUGCUGCAUGUGAUGGUCAGUGUGAAGUCAAGGCGGGUUCCUGGUGCUAUGACUGAUGAGGAGCUUUUUGCAGCGGACGAUGAGGAGAGGGUGGCAAAUGGUGGUGAAAAUGAUGAAUAUGAUGAUGUAUUGACUUCUGAGGAGAGGAUGCAGUUAGAAUCUGCACUUCGUGUGGGGAACGCCGAUGGUUUAGGUGAAGAUGAGGAUCACGUGGUUUGCGAGAGUCAAGAAAAUGGUUCAGCAGGUACCCAUGAGAACGGUGAAUCCAAUGGUGCUGGCAAGGAGAAGAAGAGUUGGUUUGGUUGGAAGAAGGGAGGAAAGGGUGGAGCUGAUGAUCCCGAUGAUUCAAAGCUUCUGAAAAAGUUCUCGAAGUUAGCUCCUGAGGGUAGCCAGCAAAAAUCAGGAGAUCAUCAGAAAUCGUCAUUAGAACUGGCUAAAGAUGAUGGCGUGGAUUCCAAGAAGGGAAAAGAUAGAACCACUAAGAAGAAAAAGAAGAAAGGACCUAGUAGUGAAUCCAAGCAUGAGAGUGAAUAUAAAAAGGGGUUGAGACCCGUUCUUUGGUUGACACCGGACUUCCCACUGAAAACAGAGGAGCUUCUACCGUUGCUUGACAUCUUAGCCAACAAAGUAAAGGCCAUUAGGAGACUCAGAGAGCUUCUAACUACUAAAUUGCCUACUGGGACGUUCCCUGUCAAGCUUGCCAUACCCAUAGUUCCCACUAUCAGAGUCCUUGUCACGUUUACGAAGUUCGAGGAGCUUCAGCCUGUAGAAGAGUUCUCGACUCCUCUAUCAAGUCCAGCCCACUUCCAGGAUGCCAAAACAAAGGAGUCUGAAGGGUCCACGUCCUGGAUUUCUUGGAUGAGGGGGAGUCACGGAGGGCAAUCAAGUGACAGCGAUAGCCACUGCUAUAAAGACGAGGUUGACCCUUUUCACAUACCUUCAGACUACACCUGGGUUGAUGCUAAUGAGAAGAAACGCAGAAUGAAAGCCAAGAAAGCCAAGAACAAGAAACAUAGGAGACCAGCAGCUCCCAGAAGCGGGGAUGCCGCAGCACAUCGCUCAAGCGAAGACCCUGAAGAAUAAGGAGAUCAGAGAUUUGCCGUUGAUGUGAUUCUACAUGAGAUCUGUAUUCGUUCUUCUGAUGAAAUUUGGGGGGCCGAAGGAAAAUAUGAAGACAAUACUUUUAAUCUCACCUGUUAUUCACUCGGGAAGAGCAUUAUCUUCUUUUACUGUCUGAUGCUUUGUGAUGUGAAAUUGAGUUGGGAGUACAGUCUCCUCAUUACUUCUGAUUUCGGUAGCUAUGUUUUCGUUGAAGAAAUUCUAUGAAACAACCAACUUUGUAUGUAAGACAAGCUUACGUUUUCUUGUGACGAGUAUUCUUUGUUUCAUA